UCUUUCUGUCACUCACGCACUCCUCCAUCAUGAGCAACAGUGUCUCCGAGGACACCGCGCCGCCAGGACCUGGCUCGUCUAAGAUGCCAGAACUCGGCGAUCAAGCUCAGUCACCCGCAGCACUUCACCAGAUCACCCGCCAGAACGCCACAAGUUCCCCAUUGCUUCGUCUUCCUGCUGAGGUCAGGAACAUGGUCUUCAACUACGUAUCCCAGGACGAAAUUUAUGUCAUCGAUCCCGGUCCUUUGACGAGGAAGCGCCUGAGCUCUCGCCGCAAACUAGGCCUCUUUCUCGUCUCUCGCCAGUUGUAUCACGAAACAGCAUUACUGCCGUACAAGCUCGGAGUCUUCCAGCUAGGCGAUCAUCCCUGGGACCAUUGUAUAUUAUCUCGUUUGAAAGCAUUUCUCCGGGGACGGUCAAAGGCCCAGAUUGAAGUUAUGGCUCGAGUAGAAUGCUACGAUAGCCGUUACAUGGAUACGGAGGUUGUGGGAACUGGGGUGUACUGGGCCGCAGAAUUACAUCUCACACAGCCGUCAUGGCCUUCCGGUCGACAGAUAGCGAGUUUGGUAGUGAUAGGACUGCUAGCUGUACUUGGUCUUGUAAUAGGCUGA